AAAAAUAAACCCAAAACAUAAAGAGACAACGUGAGGGGGGUGUCACAAAGAGCCAUGAAGCCCAUCAGAGCUGCUGCCUUGGUCCUAUCUGUCAUAAACCUGCUCACAGUAUCAGCAAGUACUGCCACUGACGUAAACUCUACAACUUCCCAAGUAUCAUCAAAUACUUCUGGUGUAAACUCAACAAGUUCAGAAGCAACAACCCAAGGUAUUUUGAUUUCAAAUAUAAGUGCUACUAAUGUUACGCCGACUUAUAACGCAUCCACGAAAACAGAUAUAACAGACAGUCAAACAAAGAAUGGAUUUGAAACAUCAACAAGACUGAACCAAUCAACUGAUCAUUACCAUCCUACUGCUACUUCUAGCAAAUUAUUAACUUCUGCUAUUCUGACUAGACAAAGAACAACAAACAGAACAUCAAGCAACACUACAAUAACACCAAGAGAAAACUAUGCAACCAUACCAGAUAUUGGAACAACAGAGAAGACAAAAGACAAUAUUACAGACAAUAUUACAGCUGGUCCUCAAAUUGUUGAUAAAGUGUAUGACCAGGAAGAUACCAGUAAAAAUGACAUUAAUGGUGGAAAACCUACAUCACUAAAGGCUAAGAAAGAGAUUGUGAUUGGAGUGGGCUGUGUCCUGUCUGUGAUCGUUUUGGUUGUCUUAGUAUUUCUCUACAAAAUGUGUCAGAAAAAAGCCCCAGUUUCUGAGAACACUGAAUUAAAAGGAUCUGCUCAAAACAAGGACAGUGUCAAACUGCUUUCUGUAAAAUCAGCAACACCCUACACUGAUGCAAAAAGGAUGUCUUCAAACCAAAUGGAAUUUGUUGAAUGUUGAAGGCUGGUUCCCAAGUGACUACAAAAGUUUAAGCAAAACUCUGUUUCAGUGCUAUAAUUUUAAAUUAACCGGAAUUUCAUUUGUAUGACACGGAUGAAAACAUUUGCAGUAUUUGUGCAUUGCAGGACAGAUGAAAACCUAAAAUAUAAUGCUUUUAAAAAAAAAAAAAUUGAGUAAAGUUAUUUCAUAUUUUGAAACAUUUUUCUAAAUUGUAUUUGAUUCAUUUUACUCUGUAAUUGCAUUAUCCUUUGUCAAUACAGUAUGUUGCCCAACAUUACAAAUGAUAAAUUACUUUUAAUUAUGUUGAGUUAUCUUUGGGGUAGGUAAAUAUGGGGAUGUAUUUAACAAUAAACAAAUGUUUGACUAAGAAAAGACAACAUGCAAUACUCGUAAUUGACAGACUCAUUCUGUAUGCUGCUUCCACACUACUGAUUGCUAAUGAUUGCAAUGUUUACAUUAUCUUCCGUAAAAAAAAAAAUUAGCAUGACAUAUAAAAUAUACAGUUUUUAAUAUGGCUGGAAUGGGCCAAAGGGAGUUCUGGGAUAAAAGGAUAUAUGGGGCAGCAAUUGUCAACUUUGGAACCAGGUUCAGGGCCACACAAACCCCACACCAUGACACCUUGCAUAAAAUGUUGCUUUUCAGAGGUUUAGUGAUAAUGUUAAAGUUACAUAUUGUGGGGAUACAGUACACUGCACUUUGUACAAAUGUAUGUAAUAUGGAACCAGGUACAUGGAAAAAUCUUGAGUAUUCAUUACUCAAUGAUAUUCUCAUUAACUUUAAAGACUCGGCUGAAGUACAGUAUAGUAGGCUGUCUUCACAAGUGGAGUCAUUUGGCUUUUCUGGAUGGAAAAUGUCACAUCACCACACACAUAACAAAAAUUGUCCACAAAGCUAACACAUUUAUUUUACAUGGCUUCCUGGCUCUUUAUGUAUUAUUGUAUUAUAACCACAAAUCUCAAACAAAUUCAUGGAACCUCACUCAUCAUAACCGUCACUUGAUAAAUAAAACUUGUCCUACAAUGA